GAUUUUGUAAGAAUUCUUGAUCUGGAAAACGUUUGCACCGCUUGAAGACAAGACUUUGACGUAAAAUUGAUUCAGAUGCAGACGGUGACAUGGCGUCAACUGCUGACGAUCGAGAGCAGAGUAUGGAGGUCGCUGACACUAUCCAGCUGAACCUUGGUGAGCUGGACCUAACUUCAGAAGAUUUUUGGUUGGAGGAAGCUGAUGUACAUAUCCAACGCAAUCUAGAGGAUGACAUUGUUAAAGAAGCCCUCAACACGGGAGUUGACUUACGACAAUACUCUAAACAAGUGGAGAAGGAACUGCUGGAUGUCGAAAAUGCUUCCAUACAGGACUACAUUAAGGAGAGCCAGAACAUCGCUAGUCUCCACAAACAGAUUGCUGCCUGUGACACCAUUUUGGAGAGAAUGGAACAGAUGCUGAAUGGUUUCCAGGGUGACCUCAGCAGCAUCAGCAGUGAGAUUCAGACUUUACAGGAGCAGUCUGUCACAAUGAAUGUCAAAUUAAAAAACAGACAGGCUGUGAGGGGUGAACUCAGUCAGUUUGUGGACGAGAUGGUUAUACCAGAAACAAUGAUCAACCACAUCCUUGAUACACAAGUAACAGAGAGAGAAUUCCUCGAACACCUCCAUGAAUUGAACCACAAAAUUAAUUUUGUCAAGGAACAAUCCUUCCGAGAUGCCAAAUCUUGUUUUGAUGUCCGUGAUAUUCUAGAAAAAUUGAAAAUAAAGGCUAUAGCGAAAAUCAGAGAGUUCCUUAUGCAGAAGAUAUACUCCUUCCGCAAGCCUAUGAGCAACUAUACCAUUCCACAAAACGCAAUGCUGAAGUUUAGGUUUUUUAAUGAAUUCCUGAUGGCUAAUGAGAGGCAUGUUGCCAAAGAGGUGAGGGAUGAGUACAUCGAUACCAUGGGGAAAAUGUACUACUCCUACUUCAAAGGCUACCUCAGCAGACUGAUGAAACUACAGUUUGAAGAGGUAGCAGAGCGAGAGGACUUGAUGGGAGUAGAAGAUACUGCCAGGAGAAGCUUUUUCUCUACAAAACCAACCUUAAAAAACAGGUCAACAGUGUUUACCGUAGGCAACCGUGGCAAUAUCCUGGGAACAGACCUGGAAGGGCCAAUCAUUGUUCCUCAUGCAGCUCAAAAAUCUGACACAAAGUACAACUUUGAGUGUCUGUUCCGUAGUGUACACUUCGCCCUGAUGGACAACUGUUGUCGAGAAUACCUCUUCCUCGUCGACUUCUACAUGGCAUCUGGUUCUGCCUCUAUAGAUCUCUUUAAUUCUAUAAUCGGCAAAACUCUCACUCUCUACCUGAAACAAAUGGAGGACUACAUCAAUGACUGCUAUGACUCCAUUGCCAUUUUCCUCUCCAUCCACAUUGUUUAUCGAUUCCAUUCCAUCAUGCAGAAGAGAUCGGUGCCAGCAUUAGACAGGUACUGGGAGGCACUACAACAGAUGAUGUGGCCUCGAUUUGAGUAUAUCCUCGACCUCAACAUACAGAGUGUCCGCGACUGUGAUCCACAGAAGUUUGGCCACAUUGACAACCGACCACACUAUAUUACACGUCGUUAUGCAGAAUUCUCAGCAGCAAUUGUGGGAAUCAACCAAUCAUUUCCGAAUGAGCGGGUCCAGCGUGUCCUGGAGCAGCUUCAAACUGAGGUUGAGAACUUCAUCCUUAAAAUGGCUGCUGAAUUUCCUCACCGCAAAGAACAACUAAUCUUUCUCAUCAACAACUAUGAUAUGAUGUUGGGGGUCAUCAUG